AUGUCCGUCACGCUACACACGUCUCUGGGCGACGUGAAAAUCGAAGUCUUUUGCGAAAGCGUCCCCAAGACCGCCGAAAACUUCCUCGCCCUUUGCGCAUCGGGCUACUACGAUGGAUCGCCCUUUCACCGCCUCAUCCCCAGCUUCAUGGUCCAGACCGGCGGCCCGGCCGAACCGACACCCGACAAUCCCAAGGGCGGCCGCUCUAUCUGGGGCGGUGCCUUUGAAGACGAGAUCCGGCCAGCUCUGCGCCAUGCCGAGCGCGGCGUAGUCUCCAUGGCAAACAAGGGACCGGGAACAAACGGCUCACAGUUCUUCAUUACUUUUGCCAAGGCUGCCCAUCUCGACGGACUCAAUACCGUCUUUGGCAAGGUCAUUGGCGACGACAGCCUCGGGACGCUGGCCAAGAUGGAAAAGGUCGACGUCGACAAGAAGAGCCGUCCCAAGCCUCCCUUUAAAAUUGAGUCUGUCACUGUCCACGCCAAUCCGCUUGCCAGCUGA